CAGUACUAGCACAGGCAGCCCCAGUCCCAUUUUUUUGACUGCCAUUUCAGCGCGGGACUGGGAGUCGGGACAGACAUCACAUGACCAGCGGCUGAUGGGCAGGACCUGGCGCGUCUUCCGAAGUUCGGGAAUGGCUGCUGGGAAGGGGAGGAGGCGGCACCCGAAACGAAACAGUUAGUGCAACGGGAAGCGGGUGACACUGACAUCCCAGGGGCCGUAAAUCGUAAAUGCAAACUGCAGACCCUGAGAUGAGACAACAGAAAGAGUUUCAUCUUCUGUUAUAAAAAACUUGACUUCCUCGGUCAGCAUCCUUGCGAUCGAAUAGCUCACACACACACACACACACACACACACACACACACACACACACACACACACACACACACGAGCGAGAGAAGCUGCACUUGGUGAUUAAUAAGCACAAGAAUCUUAACUGUGCUGUACAGUGUUGUUCACAUCACCUACCUCCUGAUCCAACUACAGAUGCCAAGGAUUAACCUGGGACCUUUUGUAUGCCAAGUGCAAAGUAAUAAUGUCUGCUUUAAAAAACAAAGUGCAAAGGCCAAGUUGAUCUUGAUCCAUGUUCAACUUACAGCAGCUCAUCUGUAGAGAUUCAGUGGGCUUGGGUUGGAAAUAGUCACUGUGUUAGUUCAGUGGUAGGAGUUCCAUACGUAAUCAUAGGGUGGUGCACGUGUAACAUCCAUGUGAGGACUAAAUCAUCCUUGGCAUCACAACAUUCUAUGCUGCCUCACAAUGGGGAUAAAAUAGUCUAAAGAAUUUGGGCCUCAUCAGGGUUACCAAUUGGUGUAAUUCACAAGAAACAUCCAGUUCCAUUUUUCAGAAGUACCUAGUCAGUAUUUGGAAUGCCCCUUCACGUAUUCAUCUUUGGGAGGGGGAAAUAGAAUUUUUUUUGGUUUAUCUACAUUUCAUAGUAGUGACAGUAACUCUGCAUAGGAUUACACUGAAACUACCUUAGUUUUUCACUGUAUAUUCCUAACGACCUUCUGAGGUAAAUUAUGUUGAGAAAAGAUGACCUACCAGGAAUACCAAUAAACUUCAUGUCUGAAACUAUAAUUACAUGCACAUUUGUUUGAAAAUAAGCCCACUCAAUAAGGCUUACUUCUGAAUAAACAGAUUUAUCUCUAGAACUCUGUCCUCACAGCUCUUCAUUCGGUGCCAAGCCUUUGUUUAUCCAGUGUCAGGCAGACUCAUUAGUGACAGUGGAGAGUUUGUCUUCCCUGAUGGCUUGAUCAACUUACUUGAACCAAAAACUAGAAAGUGGCAUGCAGAGGCCUGUCUAAAACAACAACCAAUCGAAGAAUAAUCAAUCCAUUCCAAAGGGGCCUAAAGGAUGUUGAAGCAGUCAUCAUGGGCCAUGCCCUGUGUACCUGCUCCAGGGGAACCCUCACCAUUAAUAACAAACGUUACCUUUUAAUUCAUAGGCUUGGAGAGGGAGGUUUCAGCUAUGUGGACCUUGUAGAAGGGUUUCAUGAUGGGCAUUUCUAUGCACUCAAGCGCAUCCUAUGCCAUGACAAAGAUGAUCGCCAGGAGGCCAUGCACGAAGUGGAGAUGCACUUGCUCUUUGACCAUCCCAACAUCCUGCCCUUGUGUGCACAUGCCAUGAUGGAGAGGGGAUCCAAAUAUGAGGCCUGGCUCCUGUUGCCCUUCCUUAAGAGAGGGACUCUUUGGCAAGAGGUUGAAAUCCUGAGAGAUAAAGGGGCCUUCAUGCCUGAGGAACGGAUCCUUGCCAUCCUUCAUGGUAUCUGCCGGGGCCUGCAGGCGAUCCAUAAUAAGGGCUAUGCACACAGAGAUCUGAAACCUACAAAUGUUCUACUGGAUGAUGAUGACCAACCACUUCUGAUGGACCUGGGUUCUAUGAAUCAGGCACACAUUGAGGUGCGAAAUUCCCGGGAGGCCAUGUCUGUUCAGGAUUGGGCUGCCCAGCGUUGCACCAUCUCCUAUCGAGCCCCAGAGCUGUUCACUGUUGAGCGUGAAUGCGUCAUCGAUGAGCGUACCGACAUCUGGUCCUUAGGCUGCGUUCUGUAUUGCAUGAUGUUUGGCGAGGGGCCUUACGACAUGAUCUUCCAAAAGGGAGACAGUGUGGCCUUGGCUGUGCAAAACCGCAUUACUGUGCCCCAGAAUACCAGGUACUCACCUGCAUUGGAACAUCUCCUCUCGUCUACAAUGGUGGUAAAUCCCCAGGAGCGUCCAUACAUUGCUAAUGUCAUCAAUCAGCUUGAAGAGAUACAGCCAGCUCCCCCUGGACAGGACACCACACACAUCUAAGGCCACAGAAUGGGUGCUGAAGGUGGACGGCAGGAAAGUUGCUGCUCAGAAAGACUUGACAAGGCCUGCAUGUUUGAGCGGGGCCAGGAAAAUGUGUUGUCCCUGCUUUCAUCCUUCAGGAACUCCUUUCAGUGGGAUCACCUCCUGUCUUGGACUUUGUGGUACUGUUUGGGACAUGCUUGGAUCUCGCCUGCCAUUGCAACUGCUGCUUCAGCAUGCACCCCAAAUAUUUUAUAGAGCCUAGACAGCUCAGUUUGUAUUUGAAUGCUGUCUAUAUACAGCAUGGGAAGAUUGCUGAGGUAUGCUAGGACUCUAGCCACAGCUAUGGAGCAGGGUGGGGAGAAGAUACCCAGCUUGUUUUUUAUUAUUCAGAUACAGUAUCCUGGUGGACUACUUAAAAAGGGCUGGUGUCCUGUUCCAGUUGGUAUAGGCAAGUCCUCAAUGCCUCUGUACUGAAUAAAGUCUUCACAACCCA